CCACCACCACCACUGUUACCACUAUUACUAUUACUAUGGGUAGAGAAGGCCUAUUUUUACUUCUUCUAAUGGUGGCAACUGCUUCCUGUAAAUUUUAUAUGUUCCAUCCCAAAGGACAGUCAUGCACUGAUGCCUCGACGGAAGAAGAGAAUGAACUGUACCUAGGAGAGUUUGUGCUGGUUCCUGGAGGGGUCCUGCGAGUGGUGUCAGUGGUGGGAUCAGACUUCGCUGCCUCCAUUCGCUUCUUCAUCUGUCCUCAAGAAGUACCUCUCGAUUAUCAUGGAUCGUGGAGGUUUAACUGCAGUGACAGGAUACCACUACAAGUGAAGAACGACCCGUACCUCUCUCAACUCGACACCAGACUGAUACACUACAAAAACAUGACAGUGACACAGCUUCAAUUGCCAGACGGCUUCACAUGUCUUCGCUGUGGCCUGCAGGCAGAGGUGGCGCACUUACCAUGUCGAAACUGUCCACCAACCUACCUAGAGGACUCCUGCACCUUCCUCUCCAUUGGCCAAAUAUGGAACAAGGAACCUAUUGAGAGGGAUACAUACUACCCAUACUACUAGCACUUUGAGACGGAAGAUACCUCGGGAGAUGAUACACGACACAUGACACUCGACAUGACACUCGACAUGACACUCGACACGACACUUGACAGACACACACACACUGGUAUCAUUCGUGUAGUCAAUUAUGAAAUUUUUAUAUUAAUUGCACUUCGAGAUGGAUGAUACUUGACACUCGACACGACACUUGACAGACAGACACACACUGGUAUCAUUCGUGUAGUCAAUUAUGAAAUUUUUAUAUUAAUUGCACUUCGAGAUGGAUGAUACUUGACACUCGACACGACACUUGACAGACAGACACACACUGGUAUCAUUCGUGGUCAAUUAUGAAAUUUUUGUAUUAAUUGCACUUCAAGAUGGAUGAUACUUGACACUCGACACAUGACACUCGACAUGACACUUGACAGACAGACACACACUGGUAUCAUUCGUGCAGUCAAUUUUGAAACUUCUGUAUUAAUUGCACUUCAAGAUGGAUGAUACUUGACACUCGACACAUGACACACAAUACUUGAUAGACACAUGCUGGUAUCAUUCCUGCAGUCAAUUGUGACACUUCUGUAUUAACUGUGCUUUGAGAAGGAAAAUACCAUGGCAGAUGACACUUGACACUCGACACAUGACAUUUGACACACUUGAUACUUGGACACACACUAGUAUCAUUCCUGCAGUCAUUAUGAAACUUCUGUAUUAACUAUGCUUUGGGACGGAAGAUACCAUGGCAGAUGACACUUGACACUUGACACAUGACACACGACACUUGAUAUUUGAUGGACACACACUGGUAUCCUUCCUGCAGUUGAUUAUAAAACUCCUGAUAGAC